GAACUCGGCGUUUAGCAGGAGAUGCAUGCUUUUCGACUUCCAGCCUAAAAUGAAAAUAGUGACAGUGUCACGUUCGUAAAUAGCUCUGAAUCCGCGGGGCAAUUUUCCGGUCAGCGAGAUUUCUUCUCUCUCCUUUUCUCAGAGCAGCAUUUGUCCUUUUCGUUCUUUGUUUAGCAUUUGCUGCUCUGCUUGCUUGGUCGCUUCUUCUCAUUAUUAAUUACCAGCUGUACCCUCUACUCCCACCUUUUCCCCCUGCUCUAGUUGCUGCUUCACGAACAUUUGAGACUGUAGCGAGAGAGAGACUGUGAGUCAGUGAGUGUGAGUGUGAGUGUGACCGAAGAAGAAGAAGAAGAAGAAGAAGAAGAAGGGGAGUGCGAGCUUUAGAUCUGAAGCAUAACUAACCUUCCCCGCAUAGCCCUACCACCAAGUACGAUCUGGGUAAGCAAUGGCUGCUUCUUUGCGUUUCUUGCUUGGGGUACCCAAUGUGGGUGGUUUUUGUUAAUUUUCUAGGUUUGUGGAGCUAGGAGAUAUCUGGUUUCGGAUCUGGAGCAUUUGGGUUGAGAUUGAUUUGGUAAAAUGCGGUAGUUGUUGCUGUUGCUGUGGGUGAAGAACGACUUGGGGGUGCAUUUCGGUUUCUGGGUUGCUUGCUUUGAUGCUUCCACUGUGGGGAAAGUUUGAUCCAUCUGGUUUAGCUUGUAGGAGGGGAUCUGUUGUUUAGUCCGAAAGUUGAGCACUUUUAUGGUAUUCUGGGAAUGAGAUGAUUUUGUGUUGUAGUUCUUGUUGCAGUUGAUUGAUUUUAAGGCUUGUGGUUGUGGGUUAGUCGCCGAUGAACUCAAGUCAUGAGUUUGUUAAUGCUACUAUUCCAGAUUGAGGCAAUUUAAUGAAGUGAAUUAGCUGUAUUAGUACUUUCCGUUGUAAUAGUGUAGGUGUCUUCAUUAGGCUCAAUCAACUUGACAACCCAAUUUUGGAACUUUCCGGUAGGUUGGUUGCUUGAUUUCCUUUCACUUGCCACUGUUUAUCUAGCAUAAAGAUAACAUAUAUCUGCAAUUCCAAUGCACUCUUGUUUGGGGCAUAAAUUUCUCAGAUACUGCUACGCAUCAUGGUGAGGCAUACGUUGGUUUGCUUAUUGCAAUGGCUUAAUGCUGAUAGUGACGACAUUAGCAGCAUUUGUCAAUUAUAAUGUGGUAAUGCGCUUUUGUCAAUGCCUGCGACCCAGAGGCUUGUAGCUGUCGGUUUUCCCAAGAUCUGUGCAGGUUGUGAUUGUAGUUUGAGUUGGAUCAUCAGAUUCUGUUAUAAUAUUUAAUUUUCUGCGAGUGCUCCUUAACCUUGGUUUGAUUUUCUUGGCUUAAACUUAACUUCCUUGGUUUGUAUCUUUAAUUUCCUGUUUAUGUUCUUGCUUCAUCCCAAUGAGAUUUUAGUAUGAUGUUUUCUGAAGAUGUCUGGCAAUGCAUUAUAGGUAAUUGGACUUGAAGUGAAUGGCAGUCACAGACACUCAGAACCCUUUAGUUGCAGAAACGACCUGUGGUACUUUGCUGCAGAAGCUUCAGGAAAUUUGGGAUGAGGUUGGCGAAACUGAUGAGGAGAGGGAUAAGAUGCUUCUCCAAAUAGAUCAAGAGUGCUUGGAUGUUUACAAGAAGAAAGUUGAACUGGCAGCAAAGUCAAGGGCACAGCUGCUACAAGCUCUGUCAGAUGCCAAAUUAGAGCUUUCAACUCUCUUAUCCUCCCUUGGGGAUAAAAGUUCUGUUGGAACUCCGGAGAAGACUUCUGGAACAAUCAAGGAGCAACUCGAAGCCAUAGCACCAGCACUUGAACAGUUGUGGAAACAGAAAGAAGAGAGAGUGAGGGAAUUCUCCGAUGUGCAGUCACAGAUACAAAAGAUUUGUGGAGACAUAUCUGGGAGCUUGAGUACUAAGGAGACUCCGGUAGUUGAUGAAUCUGAUCUAUCUUUGAAGAAGUUGGAUGAAUACAAUGCUCGCCUACAGGAACUUCAGAAGGAGAAGAGUGAGAGACUGCACAAGGUCCUUGAGUAUGUGAGCAGUGUACAUGAUCUCUGUGCUGUCCUUGGUUUGGACUUCUUUAGCACUGUAACUGAUGUUCAUCCCAGCUUGAACGAAUCUACUGGUGUUCAAUCCAAAAGCAUUAGCAAUGGUACAUUGGCAAGGUUAGCUAAGACAGUCCUGGAGCUCACGGAAGAUAAGAAGCAGAGGCUCCGCAAGCUUCAAGAGUUAGCGACUCAAUUGAUUGAUCUGUGGAACCUGAUGGAUACUCCGGACGACGAAAGGAAAUUGUUUGACCAUGUUACAUGCAACAUAUCGGCUUCAGUUGAUGAAGUGAACAUGCCUGGUGCUCUUGCUCUUGAUCUCAUUGAACAGGCUGAAAUUGAAGUUGAAAGGCUUGAUCAGCUAAAGUCUAGCAGGAUGAAAGAAAUAGCCUUCAAAAAGCAAUCAGAACUUGAAGAGAUCUUUGUUCAUGCUCAUAUAGAGAUUGAUCCUGAGGCUGCUCGAGAAAAAAUCAUGGCACGGUUAGAUGCCGGGAAUGUGGAGCCGGCUGAGUUACUAGCUGACAUGGAUAGUCAAAUUUCAAAAGCCAAAGAUGAAGCUCUUAGCAGAAAGGACAUUCUGGACAAGGUGGAGAAAUGGAUGUCUGCAUGUGAAGAAGAAAGUUGGCUUGAAGACUAUAAUCGGGAUGAUAACAGGUACAAUGCAAGCAGAGGUGCACACUUGAAUCUCAAGCGAGCAGAAAAAGCCAGAAUUGUAGUCAACAAAAUUCCAGCUCUGGUUGACACUUUGGUUGCCAAAACUCGGGCAUGGGAAGAGGAACAUGGCUUGCAAUUUACAUACGAUGGCGUUCCUCUACUUGCCAUGCUUGAUGAAUACGCCAUGCUUAGGCAGGAAAGAGAAGAGGAGAAGCGGAGGAUGAGAGAUCAGAAGAAGUACCACGAGCAGCAAAACACAGAGCAAGAAACCAUCUUCGGUUCGAGGCCUAGUCCAGCCCGACCAGCUGGACCCAAGAAGGUGGUUGGUCCAAGAGCAAACGGAGGGGGCUCAAACAAUGGAACUCCGAGCAGGAGGCUGUCUUUGAACACUUCUCAGAAUGGCAGCAGAUCAGGAAGUAGAGACAGAAGGGAGGCGAGGCUUUCUGCUCCUACUAAUUUCGUUGCGAUAUCAAAGGAGGAUGCUGCCUCCCAGGUCUCUGGUAUUGAACCGGUUCCUGCUUCACCGUAGGGGAGCCGAGGAGUAAGAUGUAGGCUUUACACCAUUUGCACAACAUCUAUGUUGUUAUUACUAGUAGGAAUUUGUUGUUGUAGUGGUAUAGAUAUGAAGGAGACAUGAUAAACUGGAGAGUUUAAGAUAGUACCUUGUGCCACCCUGUUCUGUGAAUUAUUAUUGCCAUUUGGAAGUUUUUCCUCUAGUCUGCUGCAAAUCUGUGUCGAGGAUUUCUUAUGCAUGUAUCCCAUUGCUCCACUCUGUUACGUUCCCAGCAACUAAUGUUCUAACCCAACUUGCAGCUGACCUAAGCUGUAAUCCCCUUGGUCUACCAUGAUCCAACUUUUGAUCUCAUAAGCAGGCUACAAUCAUGUCUCAAUCUUCAUAUAGGUGGGAGUUUGGUAUUCUCAUCCCUGUUCCCGAUCUUCUCUUAAUCCUUCCCCUACACAAAUAGGGGAGGGGGUGCAAAUUAGACAACGGUGUAAAUUAGGUAGUUGAUCCGUGUAUGCUAACUUAGACACUGGUUAAUUGACAUUCUUGUUAAACAAAGGAUCUAACUUGCCAGUUGAAUCAAGUCUUGACCGUAAUUGCUCGUCAAAAUUGUUGAAAACUUCUCGCUUUUAUCAGUUUAACAAGUGACUAAAUCGACCUUCUUCUCACUCUUUUUCCCGCAAACACUUUCUCUACUGGCUUUUCACCGUUAAUCUAGCUCAACAAAAUUCAAGCGGGUUAACCUUGACUCACUAUUUUGGCCAAAUCAGCAAUUCAUUGGAUGUAAGUUUGGUAUUCUCAUACCUAUUAUCGAGCUCUUCCCAAUCCUUCUCCUACACAAAUAGGAGAAGGGUGCAAAUUAGAUAGUAAGGGUCUAGGGGAGGGGUGUAAGUUGAUGUGUAAGUUGUUGUUUGAAGAGAAAAAGUCACGGGUGUUAAUAAAGUGAAAGUAAGUAAUUAUAGUAUUGCAAUAAGGCGCAGGUUAAAGUAUAAAACUUUGAGUUUUGUAGGCUUACAAAAUUCAAUCCAAUGGUUGUAAUUUGAGAAGGGAAGAUCUAAUGGUUCAUAUCAUAAAAGAGGUAAGGAGAGAAAUAAAGGAUUUAAGAGUAGUUUACCAGAUUUUCUGGACAGCUGAACGGAUUUUAGAUGAGACCGGCACAGGUACCCAAGCGGCUGUUAAGGCCAUUUUUUAAUCUCAUAUGAAAAUUCAACAGAGAUUAUAGCUCAUCCGUUUUACAUCAAUUUUCAUAAGUUAUUUUGAGACAUUAUGGUUUUUGCUCACUUUAAUCGUACCAAAAUACUAGAUGCAAAUGACACACAAAUACCACAUUUGAAAUGUGUUAAUAAGUGAUUUAUGCCUAAAUACUACACCACUAUCAAUCACCCAUCAAAACGACCCCUCCCACCAUUAAAUCUUUUACUUUAUCUCAUGGUUGUCACGCCGGCCGGCGUGCCACCGGUUGUACCGGGUUUAACCGGUACCGGUCAUAAAACCGGCGUGACACCACCGGUAUGACCGACAUGAUCAAUAUACGAAUCUCUAAGUAAAAUGCCCUUUUUAAGUGAAUUUAAUUGAUAAAAAUUAUUUUAUCAUUUGUUUUAUGAGUAUAAAAGUUCAAUAUUGAU